UCCUUUCUCUUCUAUGAAUGGCAUCACUAGUAGACAGCCAAGUUUCAAUUUAUCUGUUUACGUGUGGAAAAAAACAGUGACAGCUCAUUAUUUCAGACUUGUACAAUGAUGUACAAAGCCGUUAUUCUUGUUGGAGGACCUCAGAAAGGUACUAGGUUUCGACCUCUUUCCUUUGAUAUUCCAAAACCACUUUUUCCUGUGGCUGGUGUUCCUACAAUUCAGCACCUAAUAGAAGCAUGCUGCAAAGUUCCAAAUAUGCGAGAAAUUUUACUCAUUGGAUUUUAUCAAGCAGAUGAAUCCAUUACUGAAUUUACAUCUUCGAUGAUAAGGGAAUACAAUGUUAAUAUUCGGUAUCUUCAGGAAUAUACAUCUCUUGGAACAGCUGGAGGAAUAUAUCAUUUUCGUGAUCAGAUUCAGAGUGGGGAUCCUGAAGCAUUUUUCCUAAUUAAUGGAGAUGUUUGUGGAGACUUUCCGUUAAUAAAUAUGGUCCAAUUUCAUAAAAAUCCAAAUCUGAACACUUUAAUUACAGUUCUAGGCACUGAGGUAAAUGCUACAAGGCAGCAGUCACAACAGUAUGGGUGUAUUGUUGAAAAUAAAGAUACACAUGAGAUUAGCAUUAUGUUGAGAAGCCUUCAACUUUUGUCAGCAAUUUAAUAAAUUGUGGGGUCUACUUGUGUUCUGUAGAUAUAUUUUCAUAUUUAGCUGCUGUGUUUAAGCAAAAGCAACAGGAAUAUUAUUAUCGCGAUGAACCGCUGGAUAUAACAGGAAGUG